AAGAGAAACAAUAAUUAGACUCUCUUUCAACGCGGAGGCGACUCACUCUCUCGUUUCUAUAUUUGGCUGUUUCUCCGCCGCCCCCAGAGUUCAUCGCAAGAGAAUCCCACCGAGCGCCGCCGCAAGCUUCGCCUCGCUGCUCUUCGCUCCGAUUAAAUUGAUCGGUAAGUCUCUGAUUUUGGCCGUGGAGAGUGGGCGGACUGAGGAAGAUUCGUAGCGUUUGUAUUUCUAGGGUUUUCUGUUUCGUUCGGCAAUUCUCGCUGGACAUCUGGGGUUUUUUUUUUGUUAAUUUUUUCGUUUGUUUGUUUUGGUUUGGUUAAGGAAAAUAAAAAUAAAAAGAGGAAAUAGAAAGAUUAUUGAUUGUUGAGAUGCUGGAUGUUUGUGGUAUGGGUUUUCAAGUUGUUUCAGAUCUGUGUUGAGUUUUGGAUUUAAAAAAGGAGAUAUAGUUGUUUUGCUUCUUUUUUGUUUUUCAAUUUUCAGUAUUUCUUAGUGGGGGUGUAUUGAAUUUGGGGAGCUAAUACUGGGGGAUUUCGUAGGGUGGUUAGGGUUUGGGUUUUGCUAAUUGUCGAAGAAUUCAAAUAAUUAUACAUUUAUGGCUGCUGGAAAACAUGGUGGUUACAGAGAAAAUGAAUAUAGGGACUGCGAGGCUGAAGUUGAGAUGUCGAAGAAGGAAAAUGGGUAUAGAAGAGGGGAUUAUGAACGGGUUAGGAAUGGAGCUCGGGACUAUGAGAGGGGUCAGCUACAGGCUCGGGGUAGAGCUAGCCUGGAAGAUAAGGGCAAGGUCAGACAGAAGGAUGCCAAAGAAAGGGACGUCAUGAAUGGUGGAUACCACUCUACUUCUAGUCGAAGUGAUUCUGGAAGUAGUGGUGGUGGCCCAAGGAAAUGCGAGCCUGCAAUACUUUCUGUGGAUCGAGAGCCUGGAGAGCUUUAUAGUGAUGGGUCUGAUGAGGCAGUUGAUUCGGGAAUUCAAGCUAGUAGAGAAACUGAUUCGAAAAAUAUGGAAACUUCUAAUCAAUUAUCUCCUCUGCAUACCAGGAAACGGAAGUUCUCGCCAAUUAUUUGGGAUAGAGAUGAUAGGGAGGCAAGGAGAGCAGUCAAAAGUAAGGGUAAUUUGGAUACUACUCCUAUCAGUCAAUCGCCCCAAGUAGUCAAGUCUCAUCACCAGUCACCUCAGCCUAAACCUAGUGCACAUGAAAAGGCUUCAGCCACAGGUGAUGGUGAGACUAACGAUGGGGAGAUUAAUCUAGAAGAAUCACCUUCUAAUGUUGACUUGAGAUGUGGUACAGCUGAAGUCCCUGCAGAAACGUAUUCACUGCAACCUGAAGGAGAUCAGCGUGUUAAUAACCUGGAAAUGGGGGAAGUAGAUGAAGAUGAUUAUGCACCCACACGAACCAUAGUAUCUUCUCGUUGGGCUAGUGAUGCUGAGUCUCCUGCUGAUGAAGGUGAGAUUUCUGACUAUGAAAAUAUGCCUAAACUGAGGAGCAAUGCGAGGGAACAUAGUAAAUCAAUAAGUCCAGAAAAUGGGCAGGGGCAGGUGAGAAGAGAAGGGUCUGAAACGACUAGAGGGAGGUCCUCAGGAUCAGAGGAACAUGUUAGGUCUUCCAGCAGAGAUAAUUACCAAGACAAUGAUGACAAUAAUGGUAACAUGGAAAUUGAUGAUAAUCGCAAUCAUGAUGGUGCUAGCAUAAAUGAGUCUGAAACUGAGCCUGAGGACUAUCCUGGGUCUCCUAUUCCAGAUCCAGCACAACCUCCACAAAGGAGUGUUAAUAUGCUUCAAGGCUGCAGAAGUGUUGAUGAGUUUGAGAGACUCAACAAGAUUGACGAAGGUACUUACGGGGUCGUGUAUAGGGCCAGGGAUAAGAAAACUGGAGAAAUUGUUGCUUUGAAGAAGGUCAAGAUGGAGAAAGAGAGAGAAGGAUUUCCCUUAACCUCACUCCGGGAAAUAAACAUUCUUCUAUCUUUUGACUACCCCUCAAUCGUGGAUGUCAAAGAAGUGGUUGUGGGAAGCAACCUUGACAGCAUUUUUAUGGUCAUGGAGUACAUGGAACAUGAUCUUAAGGCAUUGAUGGAGACUAUGAAGCAACCUUUUAGCCAAAGUGAAGUUAAAUGUCUGAUGCUCCAGCUUUUAGAAGGUGUCAAGUAUCUCCAUGAUAACUGGGUGCUUCACCGAGAUCUGAAGACUUCCAAUUUGCUCUUAAACAAUCGUGGUGAGUUGAAGAUUUGUGACUUUGGUCUAGCUCGUCAGUAUGGGAGCCCAUUGAAACCAUAUACUCAUUUGGUAGUCACCCUUUGGUACAGGGCACCAGAACUUCUUUUGGGAGCCAAACAAUAUUCUACCGCAAUUGAUAUGUGGUCUCUGGGGUGUAUUAUGGCUGAGCUAUUAUCAAAGGAACCACUAUUCAAUGGGAAGACAGAGGUUGAGCAACUGGACAAGAUAUUCAGGAUCCUUGGCACUCCAAAUGAGACAAUCUGGCCUGGGUUUUCAAAACUCCCUGGAGUAAAGGUGAACUUCGUCAAGCAUCAGUAUAACCUAUUAAGGAGGAAAUUCCCAGCAACGUCUUUCACUGGGUCGCCCGUACUCUCUGAUGCUGGAUUUGACCUCUUGAACAGGCUUCUGACAUAUGACCCUGAAAAGCGGAUCACUGCUGAAGAAGCUCUCAAUCAUGAAUGGUUCUGCGAAGUUCCUCUUCCAAAGUCUAAGGAGUUUAUGCCUACUUUUCCCGCGCACCAUGCGCAAGACAGGCGUGUGCGAAGAGUAAUGAAGAGUCCUGACCCAUUGGAAGAGCAACGGAGAAAGGAGUUGCAACAAGGAGAACUAGGCACUGGUGGUCUCUUUGGUCAAUAGCAUCAUAAAUUUAUACAAAGACAGCAAUGCAAUGUUUGAGGUGAGAGAUAUAGGCAGAAGGAAGACACAGUGAUUGCGAGACUAUCAAAUAUCAAGCACCGCUUCUUUCCUGGCCGACGCUUUUCAUGAAUUAGAUGAAUCAUGUUUGUGGUUGACUUUUCUUCUUUGGCCCAGCUGACAAUAGGAACUCAUCUCUGACAUUCUUGCCCGGAGAGAUGUGGCAUAAGGCACUUCCUGUUGAGGAAUUGUUUCUGAUUGAUAUCGUGUAUGUAACAUAUAUCUUAAUGAUCUCUGUAGACAUUUAUUAAAUUGAUUUGAAAUGCAACAGUUUGGUUUACUUUCA